AUGGAAAAACAAGCCGACCUCGGUAACUACAUUACGAACGGCGAGUGGAACAUUAUUGAUAUCAGAGCGAAGCGUCAUGAAGAUUUUUACCCAUGUUGUGAAGAGCCUUACCCAUCUAUAAUAUUCACAGUGCGUGUACGACGCCGGAUGCUGUACUAUGUAUCGAACCUUAUAAUCCCCUGUGCUGUUAUCGCGGCUUUAGCGUUUCUUUCGUUUUACCUUCCAGUAGACUCCGGUGAACGUAUCUCUCUUGUGAUCACGGUGCUUUUAGCAAUGACGGUGUAUAUGCUAAUGGUAUCGAAUUCAAUGCCGCCGACAUCCGAAGUCAUCCCGCUCAUAGGAAAGUACUAUUUAGCAGUGAUGAUAGAGAUCGCCUUAUGUUUGGUUGCGACAUGCAUGACAAUUCGCUGGCACCACAAUGACACACCCAUGCCAAGAUGGUUGCAUUCGAUAGUGGUACGUGGUUGUGGCAAGUUCUUCUGCGCAAACGGAUCAGAGCGGCCGUUCCUCGACGCACCUUCACCCAACAGUUACAACGUGAAUAACAACCAAAUGGCGCUGGCAACCAGAAGCGAAUACCAACACCCUAACAGCACCAACACACGCACAGUCCAGCUACGAGAGAUCACCAGCAACCCAACGACAGAUAUGGAAUCAAUCUAUAAAGAUCUCAGUGUGCUCUCGAAGAAGGCUGAAAGCGACGAAACCGAGGAAGGAAUCCGUCACGACUGGAAGAAGGCAGCUCAAGUUUUGGAUCGCUUGUUCUUUGUUAUAUUUCUCGUCACAUUUAUCCUCUUUUCAGUGAUUAUAUUCACAGCCAUACCCAACUAUGACAGCUAA